AGCUCGUACACACUGGCAACUCUAAGAACAACCGGCUAGAAGCUUCGGCCACACUUCUACAUACAAGUUUGACACGCAGAAGAGUCAGAUUUUAACACAAAUUUUUGCAUAACUUUUUGAGAAAAAUGUUCGUUGUACGUCGUAGCGCAGCCCGUUUGUACCCAGCUGGAGUGCAAUUGGCGAAAAUGAGCGGCAGCCAGGUCGGCGACUUGGGCAGUGGCGCCGGCAAGGGCGGUGGUGGCGGCGGCUCCAUUCGUGAAGCUGGCGGCGCCUUCGGAAAACUGGAGGCUGCACGUGAGGAGGAAUACUUCUACAAAAAGCAAAGGGAGCAGCUGGAGCGCUUGAAGAACGAUCAGAUCCAUCAGGCCGAAUUCCAUCAUCAGCAGAUCAAGGAGCACGAGGAGGCCAUCCAGCGUCACAAGCAGUUCCUCGACAACCUGAACAAGUGAACCAAGCAACAAAGCAACCAACACAACGCAGCUUUCACAUCACCUGAAACUAUGAUAUGACAUUUACUUAAAUGCAUUUAGAGAUUUUGUUUGUAUUGUUCUUAAAGCUUAAACCGAACUGUUUAAAUGCUUAAAUAAAAACUGUUUUUUGAUA